UUUCCGUUAGAGCACGACAAAUAAGAAAAAUCAAGCUGCAACGUGUGUACAUGUACCAUUCCAAAAACAAAUUCGGUAUUUAAUGCAAAAUUUUCCAUAUUAAGAUAAGCGGUACAGACAAUGGAUGUAUGUAUAGUAUAAAUAGCAGUUAUAGUUGCGUAUGCCCUCUCAAAUCCUGCAGAUGGCGCUGUGACAGAAAGCGUGUUUAUUGUGAAGUUAAUGCUUCUAUGAUUGCUCCCCACAAAUUCUUCAGAGCAAGUAGUCGUGCGUGUGAAAUGACCACAAUAAAAUAAUUAAAGCAUUUUUUAAAGUCACAUUUCCGGUAAAAAUUCCUGAAGUUUAAUAAUAAAAAGGAAAUUUGAAAAAAAAAGAAAAAAUCCAGAGAGAGCACUCUCGUGCAAGUGGUAAAAGAUCCACAGUUUAAUAUAAAAAACCGUGACAUCCUUACAUUUCGAAAAUAAAAAAGAUACAAGAUCCACUCUGUACACGUUAAAAAUCAAUAUCCUCUAUGAGCCAGCAGGGGGCACGCUUGUCAACGACACCAUCACGCCGUCCAAUCGUCCACAGUUACUGGAGCGUCUCCACAUCUGACAGACAGCUCCAGCUACCCGUCCACGAUUUGAACGGCUGCAACGCCAAACCAUUGUCGAUGACUGAGAUCUCUGCAUCCCAUGAUGGACAAAAAAAGUGCCAAUGGCUUUCAGACAACGGCCAGUGAAGGUGGUGUUCAGAGAAAGCAACUACCCUACUCAGUAGAAACACCUUAUGGUUUCCACCUGGACUUGGAUUUUCUCAAAUAUGUGGAUGAUAUUGAAAAAGGCAAUACCAUCAAAAGAGUCCACAUCCAACGUCGGAUCAAGGGUCCUCCCAAAUUCAGUACUCUACCCAGAAAUUUCAGUCUUCCAGGGCAUGUGAUCCGGCCAGCCCCUAAAGACAGUCUGUGGACUGGGAUAUCCACAUUGGGACCAACACCUAAAUCACGGCUAACAGAGGUUCCGCAGAUCUCUGAUUUGAGAGCAAAUGAAGGAGGAACAUCAUGCCAAGGGACAGCUAUCCAGGGAACAAGUGUUUUUUCAGCGAGGCUCCGAGGUGAUGGAAUUCUGGGAGCUCAGGGUAUUGAAGAAAAAAUUACCGGCACAAAAAAUCGUCCCAACUUGCUUAGAGCAUCAAGUAUGCCUAUCACAUUACAACAGCGGAAAGGUUCUGAUUCAAGUAGCCCAGACCGUAUUGUGGGAACACCAGAGAAUGGCUCAACUGAAAACAUGUUUAGAGCAUCACCAGAUAUAACAGAAAGAAGAUGUGUUACCCAAGAACGAGUGGGGAUUCACCAGCAGAUCACAGUGGCUUUGAAGCGGGUCAGAGAGCUUGAAGAACAGGUCAAAACCAUCCCUGAGCUUAAGGCUCAGAUCUGUUCACUAAGGUUGGAAAGGGAGCAGCUACUAUGUCAGCUUCAGGCACAGGAAAAGGCCCAGACUUCCACAUUAUCAUCUAAAAUGGCUCCAUGUGCUGAUGUUAGGAUAGAAACCCAACCACAAGCUAGCAGAGAAGGAUUUAAUUUAUUUCUGACACCUCAACUUAAUGAGCAUUUGACAAGAAAGGCAGUAACUGAGGAAAAGAAACAGGGUAGCCCAGAGGCAAUUAUUAUGCUUCAAAAAGAGGCGGUAAAUCAAGGAUUGAUUAAGAGUUUCUGUCAACAAGAAUCUAACAUUCAAACACAGCUUCUAGAAAAAUGUGACCAACAGAAAGAGACUGUAGGGAGUCCACUUGAACAUGCAGGGCAGGAAGAUGGCAAUGGAACAAUGGGAGAUAAUUUUGGGGAUUCGGGGAGUGUACAUAAUCUGCAUGAAAAGCUAGUAUUACUGGAGGCUAAACUUCUUAAGGCUAGUCAAGAGCUGGAGAGAACUAAUGAUCUGUUGAAAGAACAAAUCGUGGAAAAUCAAGUGAAAGAGGAGAAAAUACUACAGCUAAGUGAGGGAAUAAGAGUAGAGGUGUGUCCAUCAGAAAUACACUGCAGACCGAGAAGAGAAAGUAUAGACACAGGGACAGAGACUGAGAGAGUAGACUAUGCCAACCAGGAGACAGAGACACAAUCACCUGGUACAGUAGAUCAAGGAACUGAUACCGAAAGAAUCUGUAUUGAAGUGUGCAUCCCUGUACCACAAUCUGGAUGUAUUGAUCAAGAAUCGGAGACGACCAAGGUGGACAGUCAGGACAAAGUGACAGAAGUUGGGGCAGAAGGUUUUCUUGUUAGCGCAGAACUACCUGUCGUCAACAGCAUGGAACAGGGUACAGUCACUGAAAGAGCAAAGACUAAGGAUCAGAUGACUGAAACAACUAUAGCUAAAUCAGAGGGAGAGACAGACCAUCCACAGAGGUCAAGGGCUAGCAGUGUUGAUAGGGGGACAGAGACAGAGAGGAUGCACACAGUGGACAGGGUGACUGAGACAGAGGUAGCACAGAUGAACGACCAGCAUACUGAGACAGACGUAGAAAGAGUGCAAGACCACAUUCCAGUCAGAAAUGCUGAAACAGAGAGUCAUGAGAUUGAAAAUACAGGAAACCAGAGGGAUGAGGUUUAUAUUCGGGUCAGUGAAAGUGAAGAACGCAAGAAAAUAAAUGAAGGAAUUCAGAAAGAUCACAGAGACGAAGUUAUUACAGAUAUGUCUGUUUCAGUUCAAAUAAGUGGGAUUAAAAUAGAAACUGUAGCUUCAGAUUUUGUCAACCCGACCGAAGAAAGUAGAAGUUCAAGAGUGGUAAGAGAGGAACAUGCAGAGACUACACCAGAAGUAAGCCUUGUGCAAAAGAACUCAGAAACAAAAGCAAUAUUACUCUUAGAGAGUGUUGAAACACAGCAUGUUUCACAGAGUGCAGGAGAGUCUUUGGGUACUGUCACUGUUGUAGUAGCAUCAGAGAGUGCCACAGUGAAGACAGGAGUUCCAGUAAGACCCCAGAGAGGCCAUAGGCCAUCAUCAGGUCAGUCACAACCAACACCUCAACUUCAAGCUGCUCCUGUGUCUCCUCGUAGGGGAUCCAGUGAAAUUCAAGGUCAGCAGUCAAAAACUGACUCUCAAUCCUCUGCAGAACUCUCCAACCUACAGCUAAAACAUGAAUCCCCAUCUCAGUCUCAGUCUGGGGACAAAACUGCAGGGAUAUCAUGUGAAGAGUCUAAAUUGCAACCUCAAACUGAGAUUCAAAGCCCAUCAUCAAGUGCCAAGGAAGUCCAAACUCGACCAAAAUCUAUCCAAGCCCCGUCUAAAACUACAACUCAACAGGAUUCAAAGGAACGCAAAGCACCCACUAGAGUAUCUAGUGUAUCACAACCUUUGAGACGCAGAUCUGGAGAUCUGGAGAUGGCCACACACCCAAGACGUCAGGCAUCGGUUGAAAUCCAAUCUCCAUCUCGAAGAUUGUCCGAUGAGAGUCAACCCCUUAAGAAAGAACCUGAACAACAGACUUUAUGCAGAGGCGUCAGUGAAACAGCUCAGCAUCAGAGUUCUGCUGAAGCAUUGACCUCACGUCGUAAUAUUGAUGAAGCGCAGCAGGUACGCAGAGGCUCAAGUGAGUCACCAACCUCGCCUGCGGCUUUAGGUCAAGUCGUAACCCGGAUAACAGGGCUUCUGGGGGAGCAGUGGGCUCAGUUGGGGAGCAGCUCUGGAGUGCAACCCUUGGUCAGUCAGCAGCAGAACCCCAGCACACAAAAACAGACGCCAGGGAAAAGCACAGAGGCAGGAAAGGGAGCCUCGGCCAAGCCUGCGGGAAAAGCAGCAACCACAGGGAAACCAGCAGGGAAGCCUGGUCCCUCCAAAAUGAGCUCUAUUCAGAGUCAGUUGGUCAGUUCCCUUAGUGUUCUUUCUGCCUUUUACUCACAAGGCCAGAAAGCUGCUGCUAACAAACAGCAAGAACAAGGUCUCAAAUCUAUUAUGAAGAAAAAUGGGGUUGCUGACAAGAAGGGGAAUAAGGGAACCAAGAAAAACUUGAAGUUUGUCGGGGUGAAUGGAGGGUAUGAGAGCACGUCGAGCGACGAGUCCAGUGGAGAUGAGGAAGCAAAAGUGGACAUUGGAGGAGAGGGGGGCAGCUCACAGGCAGAGGAGGAAAAAGACAAGGAGCCUGCAUCAGCAGAAAAGCCUGAGGAGGGAGCAGAUGCACAAGCGAAAGAUGCUGAAAUCUUGCCCAGCGAAGAGGCUGUAGUAGCUGCAGAGAAAGAGAGCAGUGAAGAUUUGCUGGAUUCAAAGGGGAGCCACGGGCUCCUGGGGGAAGAGGCUGAAGGGGAAAAAGUUGACAAGAGCUUUAUUGAUGCCUGCCUCUAUGUUAAAGACCGCAUGGAGGAGGUUACCUCACCAGAUAAAGAAAUGCGGCAAGUUUUAGUGGUCCUCUACCAGGAAUGGUUCAAAGUUUCCAGUCAGAAAACGUCGCAGGCUGAUACCGUCCGAUUGUACCUCCGCCAAGUGGGUUUGACCACACCGACUCUCCUGCCAUAUGUCGUCAACCUGACUGACGGCAACGGUAACAUGGCUCUCCACUACAGCGUGUCACAUUCAAACUUUCCUGUGGUCAAACUGCUGCUUGAUACUGGACUUUGUGAAACAGACAACGUGAACAAGGCAGGCUACACUCCGGUGAUGCUGGCUGCACUGACAGCCGCCGAGAGUCCCGAUGAUUUGGAGGUCGCACAACAGUUGCUGAGACUUGGUGAUGUUAACGCACGCUCCCGGCAGAUGGGUCAGACAGCGCUGAUGCUCGCCGUGAGCCACGGCCGCCUUGCCAUGGUGAAGCUGCUGCUGAGUUGUGGCGCAGAUGUAAAUGCUCAGGAUUAUGAGGGCUCCACGGCCUUGAUGUGUGCCAGCGAGCACGGCCACACUCACAUUGCCCGCCUGCUGCUGGAGACAGGUCACUGUGACACCAGCCUCACGGAUAAGAAUGGACAGACCGCUAAGGAGGUGGCAGAAGGAUCUUCCCACCCAGAUGUUGCUGACCUCAUCGCGGCCCAUGGCAAGGCUGAGUGUGGCCGCUGAGCCAAAGUCCCGUCUCCUCCAAACCAGCACAUGCUGAGCAAAGAUGCCCCCGCAUCGGCCACCACCCUCUGCAUAUGUGCCGUUGACCUCGAAGCUGCGGAAGCUCACAAACCAACUUCCCAGUCAACAAUGUACACCCAUAUUUUCUUCCACAUGUCAGCCAACACGCCUCCUGUGGGCUUUUCAUAGAUAAUGCUGCAUCAACCAACCAGUGGACACACACCAGAAUAGUCGCCUUGAUUAAAGCGCUCACGUGACAGUGACAAGGAUUUUACAUCUUGGAGAAUAAAAUGAAAAUAUGGACAGAGACAUGUAGAUGGAAAGAUAACUGCUGCCUCUUUCUAAUACUCUUCAAGCAUUAUACUAAGCACAGGAUUUACCUUUUGAAUACAUAUAUAUCCAGUAGGUAAAAUAUUCACCGUGACAUUGAGCAUUUUUUGUCUCUCCAUUGACAUAUUUUUUUUAAAGGUGGAGGUAAGCCAUUAUUCAGAGCAUAUAUGUCACAAUAUUGCAUCAGACUAUAAGUAUAUACAAACACAGAAUCUGUAUUUUCUACUGCGUUCCUAUUUUUAUUUUUAAAUAUUGCUUUGUAAAUACUAAGAUCAAUGUCCAGGCCUUUAACUCAUGUACUAAAAUUGAUUUAAAAAAAAAAAGUAAUAAUAUAAUUGUUUCGCAUCACCCAACGGAUAUUUGAAAUCAUUCAGUGUCUUAUUUUAUAAUAAUAAUAAUUUAUUGUUAUUUGCAUGCGAGCGUGUGUGCGUGCGUGAAUUUGAGAAGAAACACCGAUGCUUCAGUCUGCGAUAAAAUGAUUUGUAUCAUAUAGAAUGAAACAGAAUAAAAUUAUUUUAUAACCAAUAUAUAACGCUAACUUCAAAAAUAUAUAUAUAUAUAUAUUUUUUACAAAGAAGAUUGUAUUGUGCAGAUGUUUCUGCUUAUCAUGCAGUUGGUUUGUUUUGUUGGCUAUCAACAGCUGAACAACAGUAUGUUGUAAUACUGUCGGACACUCCCACUCUUCCUCAGUGCAAAUAUUUCUCAUUAUUUUUCUUCUUCGCCUACUUGUUUGUCGUAUGCAGCAAAUUGCACAACGAAUGUCUGACAGGCUAAUACAUUCCUAAAUAUUGAUACCAAUAAUAAUGAGCAAAUGUAGCAAUUAUAACUCUAUUCAGUAAAUAUGGCAGAAAAAGGCAUAAUACAAAUCUAUGAAUUGCAUUUCAUCUGUCCUCACAAAACUUGAUUACACACACACACACACAUAUAUAUAUAUAUAUAUAUCUAUAUAUGUAUACAAUCAAGUUUUUCAAGAACUAUAUAUACAUACGUAUAUGAAUAGGCGCACAAAUAAGACUUAACUCUGAGAUCAUAAGGACUGUUAAAGAGUAUGAAAUUAUGAAUGAAAUUGAAGAUGAAUUAAUUAUCAUCCAGAAAAUUGUCAUGUGUUGGUCCAACUGUAUUGUAGAGCUGAGACAUUUCUCAGCACUUAUGGUCAUUAAAAAUGCCAGUAUUCCUUAAAAUUGUCCAAGCAGGAGUCUCACCCUAUUUUUAGUAUAUUACAGCAGUGACUUCUGCCAAAACAAAACAAAACAAAACAAAACAAAACAACAAAAGUAUCUUUUCAUACUCCAUCAUCCAAUUUUGACACAAACAUUUAUUUUAUUAAUGAACCUAUCAUUCAGUGCUUUGUAAAAUUUGUGCCAAUAUGACAAUAACAUUGGUAGACUUAAAGUUAUUCAAGUACAUCAAGUAUGUUAAUAAUAUUAAACACAUGCUGUGAAUACCUAAAUGAUUUUCACAAGUGAUCAAUCAGACAAUAAUGUUAAUUUGCACAUCAUGUGAAACUUGGACGUCCCAUUCGCCAGGAUAUUGUCAUAUUUGUGAUUUUAUUUCCAUGCUACUUCAAUGCACAAAUGUGUGAACCUGUCACCUCUCAUCUUUCCAAAUAUUUGUGUUGUGAGAAGAAUUUGUAUCUGAUCCUUUGUGCAUUUGGUCUAUAUGAAAAACACAUGAAUAUAUUUAAUCCAGUGUGACCUCGAUGAUACAAUAAGGUUUUGCUGCCAAAGA